CUGAGUUCUCUAAGAUUGUGGAAGAAGUGUGGAUGCAAGAACAUACAGGUUUCCCAUGUACCAAAUCAUUCAAAAACUCAAACAACUCAAGUAUCCUAUGAAAAGGCUGAACAAGAGGAACUUCCGAUCCCUAGAUACUCAGAUGGAUCAGAUUAGAAUUAAGCUGCAGAAUGUCCAGAAGGAAAUGAAAUACAAUUCUUCUGAUGGCAGAUUACUAGCUUCUGAAAAGGAAUUAACCAAGGAACUACAUCAGACCCUUAAAGCAAGCUAUCUCAUGAAAUGCCAACAAUCCAAAGCUGACUGGAUCACUUAUGGGGAUCAGGAUACCAAAUUGUUCUAUGCAUGGGUGAAGAAAAGGAAAGCACAGACCCACUUAACCUCCCUACGGAAUACAGAGGGGGUAUAUGUGGAGGGGAGACUAGAGGUGGCAAAAGUCCUAGUUGAUUAUUUUCAAAAACAACUGGGUGUAGCAAUGGAGACUAAUGACAUUGAUGCUGAUAUUAUUGGACUGAACAAACUUCUUGCUUUAUAUGAUGUUUUGGGUGUUUCAGCUUGGCACACGAUUUCCAUGGAUCUAAAUGACCUCAACAAGGUAUGGAAGGUGAAACCCCUUCAGAAGAUAAGAGAAGACGAGGCAAGGGAAAUCUUAGAAAAAGUAGCAAAACAGGUCCAACCAAUCAUGCGCAAACGGAAUUGGAAAGUCGAACUCCUUUCUGAAUUUUGCCCUCCAAAUCCAUCUCUAUUAGGGCUCAACAUAGGAGGGACAGAGGUCAAGCUAAGAUUGCGCAGACAUAAUAAUGAGUUGGAUUUCUUCCCUUUUAAUCAGAUUCUUGAUACAAUGCUUCAUGAACUCUGUCACAAUGAACAUGGCCCUCAUAAUACUGAUUUCUACAAUCUUUUAGGUGAAAUAAGAAAGGAAUGUGAAGAACUUAUGGCUAAAGGAAUUACAGGCACAGGGAAAGGGUUUGAUCUUCCUGGAAAGCGACUUGGAGGGUUUUCCUGCCAGCUCCCAUUACCCUUAUUGAGGCAGAAGGCGCUGUCGGCUGCAGAAAACAGAGCACAACUAGGACAAAUGUUGCCAAACGGGCCGAAACACAUUGGUGGUGAUAGUAUCAUCAAGGCUUCUCUGAGCCCCAUUCAAGCUGCUGCAAUGGCUGCUGAAAGGCGGUUACUUGAUGAUGUGUGGUGUGGAUCUGAAUCUCUGGUGGCUAAACCAUCUUCUGAUUCUGAAACUUCUAACACUUCCCGAGUACAGAAAGAUGAGUUCAUUGAGAGUUCGCUUCAUACAACAGACUCUAUUCCGACAUGGCAAUGCAGUGCUUGUACUUUAUUGAAUCUGAAUCUAGCUCUUUCCUGUGAAGCUUGUGGAACACUAAAGAAUAAGAAGGAAGGGAGUGAGAAAUCAAAGGUGUGGGCUUGCAAGUUUUGUACAUUGGAUAACAGUGUGAAGUCGGAGAGAUGCAUGGCUUGUGGGGAGUGGCGAUACUCGUAUGGGCCCCCUAGUUCUUCUCGUGGACCGUACCUUGGAACAUGAUUGAGUGAUGGACCACUAAAUCAUGAACAGUCCUAAUUUCAUAUGAUAGUUGAUCAUGCAAGACUCGAUGAAGUUGUUUAAAAUAACAACACAACAUUAUAAAAAGACAGUGAAGAACAAAAGGCUCCAAGCAGAAGGCUUUAGCAAUCACAAGGUGCUCAAACUUUAUGUUCAAUAAAUACUCUUGCCUUUU